CUCCACCGACCUGAUGAUGGGGAGGGAUGGUGCGACCUUCCUGUGUGGAAUCCUGGGAAUACAGAGGACGGGGACAUCUCUCUGGUGGGUUCCCAUGACUGGAUCUAUCUACCUGAUGGUGGUGAGGGAUGGUGUGACCUUCCUGUGUGGAAUCCCGGGAAUACAGAGGAUGGGGACAUCUCUCUGGUGGGUUUCUCUUAUUAGGUGACUCCAUUAUAAUGUCCUUGUAGAGAUCCUUGUGUCCCUCAGAAAGCUCCUCCAUCACUCCAUACUCCUCAUCCUCUUCUUUAUACUCUUCUAUAACAACAAUAUUAUAAUCCUCGAGGUUUCCACUCUGAAUCAAUAUUUGUCAAUCAUCUACCUGAGCAUGUUGUGUGUACUUGUGAAAUUUCUGUGUGGAAUCCCUGGAAUACAGAGGACGGGGACAUCUCUCUGGUGGGUUCCCAAUACUGGAUCCAUCUACCUGAUGAUGGUGAGGGAUGGUGUG